CAAUAUUAUUUCAUUUCACAGGCCGCGAAGGCAUGAAGUUUUAAAGAUUUUUAGCUGUUAUUUAAAUUACAUCGUCGAUUUGAUGACUGGACUGUUUAUUUAGUUUUUCUAACUUCGAACAUCAUGCGUUUUGAACGCCUAUUCAAAUUCCUGUCCGUUGCGGCAGUUUUUAUGUUCGCGUCUCAAUGUCUUGCUAAACACGGCAACCGCGUUGAUGAAAAUCAGCGACUCAACAGCCUUGACUCGGUCCCGGACUGGCAGCCUAGACAUGUGCAUCUUGCUUACGGACGUAACACAUCCUCGGUGGUGGUGACAUGGUCCACCAUCAGCAACACUAGCGACUCACUAGUAGAGUGGGGGACCGAUCUCUUCGACCUGAACGCUGUCUCCUCUGGUGUCUCCACCGUCUUUGUUGACGGUGGAUCUCUCAAAGCCACGCAGUUUAUCCACCGCGUCCACCUUUAUGGUCUCCAGCCCGCUACUACUUACUACUACCACGCAGGCAGCGUGAUACAAAUAAUUACUCAUGAUCUUACAGACUACCACGCAGGCAGCAGCCAGGGCUGGUCUGCGGUGUUCGGCUUCAAGACCGUCCCUGCGGGCACGCGUGGCUGGCCUCUGCGCUUAGCUAAGGUGACGUGCCCACUCACUCACCAGAUGACGUGCUCGCUCUACCAGAUGACGUGCCCACUCUACCAGGUGAUGUGCCCACUCUACCAGGUGAUGUGCCCACUCUACCAGGUGACGUGCCCACUCUACCAGGUGAUGUGCCCACUCUACCAGGUGAUGUGCCCACUCUACCAGGUGAUGUGCCCACUCUACCAGGUGACGUGCCCACUCUACCAGGUGACGUGCCCACUCUACCAGGUGACGUGCCCACUCUACCAGUCACUCACCAGACUGCAGCAGGAAGCGCACCAGGGCAUGUACGAUGCUGUGCUGCACGUGGGCGACAUGGCUUAUGACAUGAUAUCCGAUAACGGCUCAAUGGGCGAUGCUUUCAUGGAGCAGAUCGAGCCCGUGGCUGCCUACCUGCCCUACAUGACGUGCCCAGGCAACCACGAGAGCGCAUACAACUUCAGCCAGUACAGAAACAGGUUCAGCAUGCCCAACUACGAAGACACUGAAAGUAUCUUCUACAGCUUCGAUAUGGGACCCGUACACUUCGUGUCCAUCAGCACAGAGGUCUACUACUACGGUCUGCUCAGGGAGAUCAGCCGUCAGUACACGUGGCUUAUCCAAGACCUCGAGGCUGCUAACACUGCGGAAGCGCGUGCAGAACGGCCAUGGAUCAUCCUGUACGGCCACCGCCCCAUGUACUGCAGCACCAACGACAAGGACGACUGCACUCAUGUCAACUGCCGCACUCGAGUGGGACUGCCUUUCACUAACUGGACAACGGCUUUGUGUGAGAACAGAGGUCCUGUCCACGUGACGACGGGGUCGGCAGGCUGCAAGGAAGAUUUGGACGGCUUCCAGUUGGAACAACCCGCGUGGUCUGCGGUGCGUGUGAAAGAUUACGGCUACACGAGGCUGACGGUGCACAACCACACACAUCUCUACUGGGAACAGGUCUCCGACGACCAGGCUGGCGUGCUGACGGACAGUGUGUGGCUUGUGCGGGAUAGCCACGAGCCGUUCGAUACAUCCUAAGCGACAAGAUUUUUUUAAUUCAAUUUUUUUAUUUGUAGCAUAAAACCAUAUAAACUGGAAAUGGAGCUGAGCAUACAAACAGUCUUCAAGGGGGAGACCUAACUACCACAACAGUUUGUGCCAUAAAUGUAUAAUGUAUAGUCUCAUGAAAGGAUGAAUUAGAUUCGUAUCGGAAAAUAAGGUACGUGUUAUCAAAAAUAUAACAUAAGACAAAAUUAUAAAAUAUCAUGAAAUGGAAUGUUUAUAAAAAAGAUCAUUAUAUUAUUAUAGUAAAUACUUCAUUUACAUUAGGAAUUGGUAGAGUUUUAUCGUGUUAAAGUAAUUUUAUGGUAAAUUACCAAUUCAUAUGUUGUUUCAUCGAUUGUAAACUAGCAGUUAGUAUAGCAAACAGUGAUUUAAUCCACUUGUGCAUGUGACAUUUGCUUAUGUAAAGCAAAUGUCAACUGCAUGCUCAUGGUUGCUCGUAGUAAAAACAUUAUUCUCCCCUAUCUGCGACAGAUAGGUUAAAUGCAAUUAAUUUAUAUAUUUAGCAACAUCGUUAGAGUUCACAGUCAUAUCUCUCUGUCUUACCAUACAUCUUUUUUUCGACGAAAGAGGCGGAAUGGCGCUUCAAAAGACUUAAAACGCCGCGGGCUUAAUAACUACGGAAAGAAUUUAAACCUGAGAAGGCGUGUUGAUUGCCGAGCAUGAAUGUAAUUUUACAGCCUUGUCAUUAUUUUCUAUUCGGUUCUCGUUUCUACAAAUUCACGAGUGCAGCUGUAAAGGUCCUGUCCUAGUAUAUCGCUCACGCUGCCAGCAACAACAACAAUUAUCACCCGAUCAGCCGUCGAAAUAGCUUUGCUAAUAUCAUGUGAUCGUUACCUUUCCAGUUAAUUAUCAUAUUAAAUACGGAUUAUCUCAUACAUAUUAUUCGUUGUCUCGCGAGCGUUAACAUGCGUAACCUGCUGCAAUUUAUAACUAGUGAUUUCCUCCCAAUCCCACCGAGAGAAGAAUUGCCCAUUUUGUAGCUUCCGUUUAGGUUGUCAUGCCCCGCAACCUCCGAUUGGUUCAUAUCCACUCGCCACAACCGCUGUACGGCCAGCUUAUAUCCUCCACUUAUAUGAUGCGAGCCCCUACACACGAUGUGCUCCGAGUGUGGAAAAUUCUUCCACUCAAUUGAGCGCCUCUUCCACCUGUCCCUUCCCGUCUUCUCACUGUGGCGCGAUUCUCACUAGUCUCCAGUCUCGGAUCUUCUGACCUCCCUCCUCUCUCCCGGCCGUCCCCUCAGCUCGCCUGCCUAGACGCGACAAACAACAUUUAUUUCACUCGCUCAAAAACGCUGGGGAUUUGACAUUUUUUAUGUGACCUUAUUAAUAAUAAUAUGCAUUUGCGCAGUCAGAAAAGCGAGGAAAAGAGCCUAUGCAUUGUUAAUAGCUUAAAGUAGUACCUAAAUAAAUCUAUAUUCCAACUAGUCAAUAAAUUGUGGUUAUAACCGUA